AUGGUGUUUUGGACAAUUUUCGCGCCAAUUUUUGCCCUGAUUUUCACGUGGCAAAUUUUUUUGCCAUUUUUGUUGCGUCAAGAUGCGCUUCCACUUUUGGGAGUGUAUUCACAGGCCGGAAAAUGGUAUUGGUUGAAGUUUCGAUUGAUGAAAUUUGUGAUUGAGAGACGGCAAAAGAAGCAGAGUGGAGAGAGGGUAGGUAGAGACGCAGAGGAAGUAGAUCAAAAAUGUUUUGAUCUACAGAAAAAUUUGGAAUUUUUCAUUUUGGCACAAUUUUGAAUGGGUUACUGUAACUACCGUAACCGCAACAUCUACAGUACUUCUUCUGAACUACAGUACCCCUGAAAACUCUCAGGGUUACUGUAGAAAAUUAGCCUAGAAUUUUUUGAUCUACAAAAACAUUUGGAAUCUUUGUGCCACAAUUUUGAAUGGGUUACUGUAUCUACCGUAAUCCAGAGGUUCUGACACAUCUACAGUACUCUCACAAAAUUCCAAGGUUACUGUAGAAAAUUAGCCAGGAAUUUUCGAUCUACAGAAAAAUUUAGAAUUUUCAUUUUGGCACAAAUUUGAAUGGGUUACUGUAUCUACCGUAAUCCAGAGGUUUGCAGGGUACUGUAGCCCACGGCAAAAGAAGCAGAGUGGUGAGAGGGUAGGUAGAGAUGCAGAGGAAUUUACUGUGGGUCAAAAGAUUUUUUGAUCUACAAAAAAAUUCGAAAUUUUCAUUUUGGCACAAUUUUCUGCUGGGUACUGUAACUACCGUAAUCUAGAGGUUCUGACACAUCUACAGUACUUCUUUUGAUCUACAGUACCCCAAAAAUAUCCAAGGUUACUGUAGAAGCUCAAAAAAAAUUUCAGAAUUCCAAAAAAUCCGAAAAUCUAAUGAAAUCCCAAUUUGGUGGCGAUGGUGGAGAGCGAAAAAUCGAAGAGAUGGAAAAGAAGCACGAAUUGAACACGGUGAGUUAUGACGUGUCAAAAAAUCCACGAUUUUUGGUGAAAAAUCCAUCAAAAAUGGUGGAUUUUGAGCCAAAAUGCACCAAAAAACCGGAUUUUUGCGCAGGAAUUCGGCGCAGAUGCCGUCUUUUUCGACGCCGCAAAUCGUGACGGGUGGUAUUUUACACUUGGCACCGCGCAACGACCCGAAAAUGUGAUUAAUCUAUUUUUUAUCCUCAAAAUUCCCAGCCUGGGAACUUUUGUUAACGAAGAACUUCUCACGGAUACAAAUGUUAAGGUAAAAUUUCUGUUUUUUUGGAUUUUUGUGCUGAAAAUCGUAGUUUUCAGCGAUUCCAUGAGUUUCAGCGCGAAAUUUCAGUCCAGAAACUUUUUUUUCAACAAAAAAAAAAAAAAAUAGCGCUCAUGGGGGAUCGAUCCCCUGACCUUUUACUCGGCAGAAAAAUCGAUUUUAGGUCAGAAUUUUGUGCUGAAAAUGCUGAAAAUCGUAGUUUUCAGCUUUUUUCAGAGUCUAAACACGUCAGAUGCCACGUGGCGAACCGCUUCCGGAUUCACAGUAAAAUGUCUGGAACCCAUGAAAAAAUGGAGUCUGAGCUUCCAGGGAAACCUGGUAAAAUCCCCAGGAUUCCGCGUCUUUGAAAAAAUUGGCGCGGAAGCGGAAGCGGAAAAUUUUCCGCGAAUUCCGGCGAGUUUCGAGUUGAUUUGGACGAAUUUCGGCGGGCAAUUCGAUUUCGACACGGCAUGUUCGCCGACUUCAAUCGCACAUUCGCUGGCGAUUGAGCCGUGGAGCAGGGAGUUGUUUGAGCGGUUGAGAGCAUCACAUCAGACACAUUAUGAGCAGGUGAGAUGCCACGUGGAAUUUGGAGCAUUUUGAGACCGAAUAUGAGCAAUUUUCGAGCGGAGCGAGUGUAGACCGCAAGCUUCCGCGUUAGCGGCACUAUCUUCCGCUUCAGCGGCCACGUGGAUCGCUAUCACACCUUGCCACGUCAUAGCAAUCCGCGUGGCCGCUUCGCGGAAGACAGUGCCGCUUACGCGGAAUCUUGCGGUCUACCAUUGCUCAGGUUAACAUCUUGGUUGUUCGAGCAAAGCGAGUGUAAACCGCAAGCUUCCGCGUCCGCGGCACUAUCUUCCGCUUCAGCGGCCAGUUAAGAUUUCAGUACUGAAAAUCCAUGUCAUAGCCAUCCACGUGGUCGCGUUCGUGGAAGAUAGUGCCGCUUACGCGGAAGCUUGCGGUAUACACUCGCGCACAGCGCUCGGGUCGAGCGAAGCGAGUGUAGACCGCAAGCUUCCGCGUCAGCGGCCACAUGGAUUCCUAUGACGUUUUUCCAUAUCAUAGCAAUCCGCUUGGCCGCUUCGCGGAAGAUAGUGCCGCUAACGCGGAAGCUUCCGGUUUACACUCGCUUCGCUCGAAGCAUUGCUCAGGUUAACAUCGAGCGGAGCGAGUAUAAACCGCAAGCUUCCGCGUCCGCGGCACUAUCUUCCGCUUCAGCAGGCCAGUUAAGAUUUCAGUACUGAAAAUCCAUGUCAUAGCAAUCCGCGUGGCCGCGUUCGCGGAAGAUAGUGCCGCUGACGCGGAAGCUUGCGGUUUACACUCGCUUCGCUCGACCCGAGCGCUGUGCGCGAGUGUAAACCGCAAGCUUCCGCGUUAGCGGCACUGUCUUCCGCGAACGCGGUCACGUGGAUCGCUUCACAACUUGAGACUAAAUAUGAGCAUGUUUGGGCUCAAAAUGCUCCAAAUUUCGAGGAUUUUUAGAAUCCACGUCUAAUUUGGGGCAUUUUGAGCCCAAACCCACCCAUAUUCGGUCUCAAAAUGCUCCAAAUUCAAUUUCCAGUUCCGGUUUUCUCACCGGCUCCAUCACUUUGGAUUCUCAAACCUUCUCACCAUCCAAAAUGACAUCAAUGCGUGAUCAUACAAUUGCAUCAUAUCGUCGUUGGUCGGAUAUUCGCAGAUAUAUUAUGAUGAUCUAUCAUUUGGAAGAUGGAACUUGUGUUCAUACAUCGGUGAUUUCGAUGCCAGAAACUGUUUUUAGUCAGCUGGAGUUUGGAUAUAUUGUUAGACCGUGAGUUUUGGAGCAUUUUGAGCCCAAAUACGGUUGUGUUUGGGCUCGAAAUGCUCCAAAUUCUGAAAAUCCUCGAAAUUUGGAGCAUUUUGAGCCCAAACAUGCUCAUAUUGCUCCAAAUUCCACGUGUCAUUUGCAGUUCGGGCCAAGUUCUUCCCGUCGAUCGUGUCCAUUUCUCACUUCCCAAUCACGGCGAAUCAAAACACGAUUUUCCCGCCAAAUUCCAUUAUUCGUUUGAAGUUGCCGACGGCUCGAAGUACGGUGUCGACGUGGCUAUUCGGGAUACGGUAUCCUUCAAAAUGGGCCUGGAUUUGAGUUGUCAAGUCAAUGAGAAUAUGGCCGAGUUUUUGGUGGACGAGAAAACCAAGGGAUGGGGUUUUGCUGAAGUUGAAUAUCGUAUUCAACCCUAUUGA